AUGCGAAAGUGUAUCCUCGCAGUCUUGGCUGCGAUCGUCACGAUCGUAACCGCAGACUUCAACGCCACUGGCCCGCUUGUACUACGCAUCACGGGCAAGACGGACUCUUCAAUCGACGGAUAUGCGAAUGCUUGCCAUGCCAGCGCGGCGACAAAGGGGCUCUGCUAUACCGCAGGACCAGCGCCAGACAACAGCACCGACUACCAGUUCUACUACAACUACACCUUUUCCGAGACUGGUAGGCAGCCAGGGAUCUUGACCUACAACGGCGGAGAAACUACGCCAGCGCUCAUGCGGUUCGACUUCGACCUCGUUUCCAAUGUCGCGACCGCCUUGUUCCUUACUGACACCGGCGGCUCGUACAUCAGCAUGGACCCCGACAGUGGCAAGUUCUAUACCGGCCCCACCACGGACGACUUGGGCUUCACCGAGACGGGGCCCGGGCCGGACGGUCAACUUAAGAACGUGACGAAUUUCCACUUGUGUAACCUGUGGACUGGAGACUAUUAUAAUGGUGCGAUCGCGUUGGUGUCCGUGCCGCCGGCGCAGAAUCCAACCUGCCAGCCGGUUGACUUGACGGGAGAAGUGAUUAGCGGAGGUUCGUGA